AAAACUAGUUUCAUGUAGUAUCAUUUGUUUGCAGAUGAGAUUCCUGAAUAUCUGUCAGAAUGUCAGAUGAUUUGAGGAAACAGACAGAGUCCAGUACAUCCCAACCAAUGGCAAGAGUAAAAUGUUCAAGAAAAAGAAGUAUUGGUGUGAUUUCAAAGGAGAAUUACGACUGCCUUAGAUUAAAACUUGAAGGAGGUGACAUUCCCAAGGAUAGCAAGACUGUCAAGUUUUACCAUGUCUGCCAGAAAAUACAGAAGUUCAAUUUAUCUUUGACAGAAAUUCACAACCCUGUCCAAGGAGAAUAUAGAUUGGAGAUUAUUGAUGGGGACAGGAAAAUAGUGAUAUCAAAGUCAGAACUUGAUAAUGUCAUCUGCAAAUUUUACACUGAGUUGCGGGGUUCUGGAGCAAAGAAAAUAAGAACAUUGAUAAACCAGUAUUAUGCUGGCAUUUCUCAGGAAGCCAUACAAGACUUUAUAGACAGGCAAGAUGACAGGCAACUGUUACAUCCUAAAUUUGUUAAUGCUGCCAAACUAAAACCGGUUAUUUCAAGAACACCAAUGGGGCGACAUCAGGUUGACCUUGUGGAACUAACUGGAAUGCCUGCAGAAAAUGAUGGUGAAACAUUCAUUUACAUCUUGUCUGUUAUUGAUGUUUUCACAAGAUUCUUGUGGCUUCGGCCUCUUUCCAACAAAAGAGCCUGUUCAGUGGCAUUGGAACUCCACAAAAUCUACUUUGAGUAUGGAUGGGGAAAUCCAAGAAUCUUACAGUGCGAUCAAGGCUCCGAGUUUAAGGGAGCAGUCAACCAACUCUGCAUAGAAAUGGGAACGAAGAUUGUCCGAAGUCGGGCUCACCAUCCACAAUCUCAGGGAAAGAGUGAACGAUCACACCGGGAUUGGAAAAGCCAUCUGGAAUUUGAUCACAGCAAACAUGGUGAUGGAGAAAACUUCAACUGGGUGGAAAAGUUGCCAGCAUAUGCUAGAAUACACAAUGAAAGCAUUCAUUCUGCACUUGGUUGUUCACCAUACAAGGCCAUGCUGGGCUGCCCUCCAGUACACUUCAAGAAUUUGUUGAGAGCUGGAAAUACAGUUGAUGCGUACUCUUGCUCUGAAGAAGAUGAGCAGUGCGAACUAUCUGCAGAGAGUGAUGAGGAUACUGGAGACGAAUAUGGCAUUAAUGAGAGAAUAGAAGCAAUCACAAACCUCAGGAAAAAUGUGCUGCAGGCGUCACUGACCAAAUCAUCAGAAAUGAUUAAAAAACACCACGAAAACAAGGACACAUCAGUGUACAAGAUAGGGGAUGAAGUUCUGGUGAGGGUUCAUGGAAAAGAUACCAGAGUCAAACGAGGUGGGCCCAAAAAAGGGAUGAAAAAAUGCAAGGAAGGAACUAUUGUCGAAAUAGAUUCCCAGAACUCCCAAUUCAAGGUUGCCUAUCCGAACAAGCAUGUGCAGUGGGAGCAGGUGUGUGACAUUACUUCUCGGACAAGAAAAGAAGAGAAGAGGAGAAGAAUGAGGACAUAUGAAGAUGCUCGGCCAGAUGCAAGAGAAGAGGGUAGAAAGCCACUCAAAAGGGGAAAAACACAGGAUGAAAAAGGAAAGGGAGAACAACAGGCUCAAACCAAGAGGAGAGACAAUGCAGAAACAAAAGGACGCAAGAAGACACCAACUAUGAAAGAACUGGAGAUGGAGGCCUCAUUCUAUGACCUUGACAUUGUGGACAAUGAAGGGGCUGGUAACUGCAUGUUUAUUGCAUUGGCUCAACAGCUUCAAAUACAUGACAUUGACAUAAUCAGCCAUAAACAUCUGCGAGAAAAGGUUGUGCAAUAUGUGCAGGGCAAGCGGCGUCUGUUCAAGGACUUCGUGGAUAAAAACCAUUAUCCAACAUUCAGAGACUAUAUCAUCAAGAUGAAGAUGUUGGGGGAAUGGGGAGACAACAUCAUUCUGCAGGCAACAGCUGACCUCUAUAAGGUGACCAUCAGGAUCAUUACAACAAUUGCAAAUGAGCCUACAUUCAUUCGUCCAGCUGAAUACCGAGGAGACAUGCCAGUACUAAGCAUAGGCCACUUGUGGGAGCUGCAUUAUGUGACACUCAUACCAAUGUCCACAGAAGGAGAGAAAGAGAUGGAAGCAGCUAAUGACACCAAAAUGGACACAGAAGAUGAAUCAGAUUCAGAUUCCAAGUAUCCAAUCAACACUGCUGUAUGGGAACACAAGUGAGGAACAACUUCAAAGGCAUGAUGAGUUUGUCAGCGGCUUCCCAACACCAGACCGAAGAGUCAAUUUUGCAGAGGGAUAUCUGUCUCAAUAU